AUGAAGAAUAAGGAUAAAAAUUACCCACACGACCACCCACGUAAUCUCAUACCAGAAUUGUGUAACCAGUUUUAUCAUUUAGGAUGGGUAACUGGUACUGGCGGGGGAGUCAGUAUCAAGCAGGGGGAAGAAAUAUAUAUAGCUCCGUCAGGUGUACAGAAAGAACGAAUCCAUCCGGAAGAUUUAUUUGUUCAGACAAUACAUGGUGAAGAUAUCAGCCAUCCGCCACCGUCGAAAAAAUUACGAAAAAGUCAAUGUACGCCUUUGUUCAUGAAUGCCUUUACUAUGAGAGAGGCCGGUGCUGUAAUACAUACGCAUUCGAAGCAUGCUGUCAUGGCAACACUGUUGUAUCCAGGGACAGAAUUUAGAAUAACACAUCAGGAAAUGAUCAAAGGAAUACAGAAGCAGCAUAAUUCAGGCGGUCACUACAAAUACGACGAUAAAUUGAUCGUGCCUAUAGUAGAAAAUACACCAGAAGAAAAAGAUCUACAGAAAAGAAUGGCAUUGGCAAUGGAAGAUUAUCCAGAAUCCUGUGCUGUUCUUGUUCGUCGUCAUGGAGUUUAUGUAUGGGGUCCAUCAUGGGAGAAAGCAAAGACUAUGUGCGAGUGUUAUGAUUAUUUAUUCGAAAUUGCCAUCGAGAUGAAGCAACACGGCCUUGACCCUGAAGAGGUACCGAAACCUCCAAAAGGAGCUUACACCCAGUGA